AUGGAUCUUAUUCGGGCCAACAUCUCUCACAACUCCCCUCCAUUUCGUUUCCCAUACCCACUCAACGCUUUCCUUCGCCCCCCCCUCCCCUUCAACCUCUCCGUCCUUCCCCGUACUCCCUUCAGUGGUAAGGUGCACGGAUCGUUGGCGCGUGCCGGUAAGGUGCGCGGGCAGACGCCCAAGGUGGAGAAGCAGGACAAGAAGAAGCAGCCCAAGGGCCGCGCGCACAAGCGCAUGCAGUACAACCGUCGCUUCGUCACCGCCGUGGUGGGAUUCGGCAAGAAGCGCGGCCCUAACUCGUCUGAGAAGUAA